UGCGCAUGCGCAGCGGAUGUACACAAAGCAGCAUGGCACGGUGAGGUCUGGGAAACGUGUGACAGUAGAGAAUUGAUCGAUUAUCAUUGAUAUAUAACUGAUAUCUGAUCAGAUAUCUGCUGUGAUGCAAUAUCGAUGUGUGGGUGAUGACGUAAAACAAAAUGGAGUCCGUGAAGAAACGACUGACUGAGUUUUCACUGGAGGCUCACGAUCUGUACCUGAACCAAUCGGUGCCCUACCUGGAGGAGUCACCUGACCCGCUGCAGUUCUACCGUGACUGGAUUGGUCCAAACAAGCCCUGCAUCAUCCGCAAUGCCUGCAGCCAUUGGCCGGCUCUGUCCAGGUGGACCCUGGACUACCUGAGGGAGAAGGUGGGGUCAAAGGUCAUCAGCGUGGCGGUGACUCCUAACGGCUACGCCGACGCCGUCAGUGGUGAUCGCUUCGUGAUGCCUGAAGAGAGACGGAUGAGUCUGUCUGCUGUACUCGACAUCAUCCAGGGGAAGGAGGAGGCCCGUGGAGUAUUCUACGUACAGAAGCAGUGCUCCAACCUCCUGGACGAACUCCCGGAGCUCACAGACGACGUAGAGUCUCACGUUUCCUGGAUGAGCGCCGCGCUCGGAAAGUUACCAGAUGCGGUGAAUUUUUGGCUCGGAGAGUCGAGGGCUGUCACUUCCAUGCACAAAGAUCACUAUGAGAAUCUGUUCUGUGUGAUUUCUGGAGAGAAAAACUUCAUCCUGCUGCCGCCCACAGACAGACCCUUCAUCCCCUACGGUAACCCUAGCAACAACCCUGUAUCAUCCUUCAGUAACCCUAGCAACAACCCUGUAUCAUCCUUCAGUAACCCUAGCUACAACCCUGUAUCAUCCUAUGGUGAAUAUCAGCCGGCUGUUUACCGACAGCAGGAAGACGCACUGCAGUUCACCCCCACCCCCCACAAUGCCCCACCAGGUCCCAUGGAUCCCUCUGGACCCUCUGGACCCAGACCUGGACCUGUACCCGCAGUACCGGAGAGCUCGGCCGCUCCGCUGCAGCCUGAAGGCCGGAGAGAUGCUGUACCUGCCGUCGCUGUGGUUCCACCACGUCCAGCAGUCACACGGCUGCAUCGCAGUGAACUUCUGGUACGACAUGGAGUACGACAUCAAGUACAACUACUACCAGCUGCUGGAGGCGCUAUCUGAGGUCACAGCGCCAACGUGACGUCAUCACGGCGUCUGUGUGACGUCACUGGGUGUUUGAGAAGAACACCUGUCCACCAGGUGAACAAACAAUAAAGACACUGAAUGAGUGAA